AAAUGGAAUAAUGUUCUGGGACGACUACACAUCAUCAUUAUAUUCCUUAUAAACGAGCCUAUAUUUUCCCUGCAUCGUUCUUUUGUGUUCUUUAUGCCUCAGAGAAUCUAUCAUCAAGGUUAAACGAGGUUUUGAAAUUGUAGUUUAUGCGUUAGGUAUCGACUGACCUAGAAGAAUAUCCAUGUAAUUUUAUUCGACAUUACAUUCGAAGUAAUGAAAGGAAUUUUCUUAUUGUCUAUAUGGAUCUGUAUACUGAAAAUAACGAGAUGCUCAGAUCCAGAACUGGAAGAAGAAGAACUGCGAGCCAGAGAUUUUAUGACCAUUUUAAACAAGGAAUGUGAGGAAGAUGGAAAUAUCCAGAAUAAUAUCGAAUGGGAUUACACAGUUGAUAUGUCAGAGGAAAAUUUGAAGAAAAAAAUGGAUAUUGUUUCCGAGAAUUCCCAGAAGGCAAAGAAACUAUGGAUGGAACUGACCAAAUUUAACUGGAGGAGCUUUUCUGAUCCUGAUUUAAAAAGACAGUUUAUGCUAGAGUCUAUUGCGGGUCUGAACGCUUUGUCUGAAGAAGAUAUCAAUAGAAUUUCCAGAAUUAAAGUUGAUAUGCAAAAGGCCUACACCAAUGCAAAAAUUUGCGACUACAAGAACAGAAGCAGAUGUGAUUUGAUUUUGAGUCCAGAUAUAGAGAGAAUCCAUGCCUUCUCCAGGGAUGAGGAAGAACUGAAAUACGUUUGGACCAGCUAUAGGGAUGCUGUAGGACCCCACAUCCGUCAUAUUUACAACGAAUAUGUAGAUCUGUACAACAAAGGUGCCAAAAUGAAUAAUUUCGAGAGCGCCGAUAAGUUGUGGCUGUUUCCCUAUGAAGAAUUCGAGAUAAAAGACAUUCGGCCCCAAUUCGACCGUCUGUGGGAACAAGUGAAGCCUUUAUAUCAGCAAUUACACGCCUUCAUGAGAUUCAAGUUGAGGCAGGUUUAUGGGGAUAUAGUUAGCGAGAAAGGACCUAUCCCAGCCCAUUUGCUUGGUGACGUGUGGGGUCAAUCAUGGGCUAAUGCUGGUUUGGAUUUCAUGCCUUUUCCUAAUGCCGCUGUUCAAGGCGUUACUUCAAAUUUGAUUAAACAGAACUAUACUGUGGAAAAACUAUUCCAUACAGCAGAAGAGUUCUUUUUAUCUAUUGGUCUAUCACCUAUGACGAAGAAUUUUUGGGAAAAGUCAGUGUUCAAAAGGAUACCCGGUAAAGUAAUGGAAUGUCAUGCAACCGCUUGGGAUUUUUACAAAAAUGAUGAUUAUAGGAUAAGAAUGUGUACAGAUAUUAGCGAAGGAAGCUUCUAUACCGUUCACCACGAGAUGGGCCAUAUCGAGUACUAUAUGCAGUAUAAAGAUCAACCUUAUCCGUUUAGAUCAGGGGCAAAUCCUGGUUUUCAUGAAGCAAUAGGGGAUCUUAUAGCCCUCUCAGUGCGAUCUCCAAAGCAUUUGGCCCUUCUUAGACUUUCCAACGCACGCCAUGAUGACAAGGAAGUAAUUCUAAACAAUUUAUAUCAAAUUGGACUGGUUAAAAUACCAAGCCUCCCUUACGGGUUUACAGUAGAUCAAUGGAGAUGGGGAGUGUUUUCUGGAAAUAUAUCCUUCGAAGAUUAUAACUGCAAGUGGUGGGAAUUGAGAGAAAGCUUGCAAGGUCUUGAACCGCCAGUGGCAAGAACCGAAGCUGAUUUCGAUGCAGCUGCUAAAUUCCACAUACCGAACAGUAUGCCUUAUAUUAGGUAUUUCGUAGCUACCAUCCUACAAUUCCAAAUUCAUCGAGCUCUUUGUGAAAAAUCCGGAGAAUAUGAUCCAGAUGACCCCAAAAAACCACUUCAUAUGUGCGAUAUUUACAACAAGAAAGAAGCAGGCCGAAUAUUGAAGGAUAUGCUUAAGAUGGGAGGCUCAAGACCAUGGCCUGAAGCUUUGCAUGUUGCCACAGGACAACGUUAUAUGGACGCAAGUGCUAUUUUGGAAUAUUUUCGACCGUUACAGAGCUGGUUGGAGAAGGAAAAUAGGAAGAAUGAUGUUCAUAUAGGAUGGGAAAAGUCAACGAAAGCUUGCACUAAGGAAAUACGAGAGACAAUUGUUCGGUGCGUGAAAGCAAAAACACCGGACAAGGUAAAGCCGAAUCCUCCCACCAACCUAGGUACCCAGAAAAUUCCCACGGAUAAUAUACGGAGAUUCUCCCAGCAGGAACAUCUAGUUUCAGACCGACUGAUCUGCAUUCAACUUCUAAAAAAAAUUAUUGGAACGAUGUGCGAUGUUGGCAAUAUUCGAAAAGUGCUUGUCGUCUUAUGCCUCGCGAACGUGUUCGCUGAUCCUGAACCUCAGCUAAACUUACCCCCUUACCCCAGCUCAACCCCCGGCUAUGGGACUCCUUACCCUAAGAACGACGUGAAUAGAAACUACCCCUACAAUACUCAGUACGAUUUUGCUCCAAGGAAACCCCAGGAAGGCUAUGACAAUCGCGAUGUAUAUAACCGAGAUAAUCCAAAUUUUAACUACAAUUUGGGAUACCCGGAUCAACCAGGGUAUUCGACGCCAAGACCUUUGGAUCCUAAUGGACCAAGGAAUGAUAUUUCUGAAGGAAGGAGAGACGGGUUUGAUCCAAACAAUCCUGAUGAUCGGUUCAGGAAUAUGUCACCGUAUAGGGGUGAUAUUAGGGGGUUGUUACAAGCGUUGGAUCUGCAGGCGUCCCAACAAUGUACAGCGAAUGUUGCUGCCCAAUGGAAUUUCGAAACGAAUGUCAAUGAAGUCACUCAAUUGGAGGCUUUGAAAGCUCAACAAUAUUACUCGGAAUUUCAACAUGGUUUGUGGGAUUUGAUAAAUCACAUGGACAAUUUAGAAGGUGUUCCAGACCCUAUUUUAUAUCGGCAACUCAAGUACUACUCUAUUGUUGGACCAGCAGCACUUCCACCAGAAAAAUUAGACAGGUACAAUCGGCUCAUAAACGAUAUGCUAUCUGUGUACAAUAGCGCAAACAUUUGUGCCUACAACGAGCCCUUCCGUUGCGGUCUGCGGCUUCAGCCGGACCUGGUGACCAUCAUGGCCAAAAGCCGAAAUUGGGAUGAGCUGCAACAUGUGUGGACUGAAUGGAGACGGAAUACAGGUCAACUGGUCAAGGACACCUACGAACAAAUGGUCCAGAUUUCCAACGAAGCUGCUAAAUUGAAUAAUUUCAGUGAUACUGCAGAUUAUUGGAAUUUUCCAUUUGAGUCACCCAAUCUUCAUCAAGAACUAGAGGAUGUUUGGCAAGAAGUGAAACCAUUGUAUGAGCAACUUCAUACAUAUGUGAGGAGACGUUUGAGGGAGUACUAUGGUCCUGAAAAGAUCAGUCGACAAGCCCCACUUCCAGCUCAUAUUCUUGGAAACAUGUGGGCUCAAUCUUGGGUGAAUAUUAUGGAUAUCACAGAGCCAUACCCUGGACAAAAGUUUCUGGAUGUAACGCCAGAAAUGAUAAAACAGGGAUAUGGUCCACUCGAUAUCUUCAGAUUGGCCGAAGAUUUCUUCGUUUCUAUGAAUAUGACGCCCUUACCUUUGGACUUCUGGUCGGGAUCAGUUCUGCAAGAGCCUCUGGAUAGAGUUGUUCUUUGUCAACCAUCAGCUUGGGAUUUUUGUAACAGGAGAGAUUACAGGAUAAAAAUGUGUACUCGGGUGAACAUGAAGGACCUUAUCACUGCGCACCAUGAGCUGGCUCAUGUACAUUAUUUCAUGCAGUACAAAGAUUUGCCGAAAGUCUUCAGGGAUGGAGCUAAUCCAGCUUUCCAUGAAGCUAUAGGAGAAGCAAUUGGAUUAUCGGUAGGAACUCCACGUCAUCUCCAAAGUUUGGGUCUCGUACAAACUUCCGUGGAGAAUUUGGAAGUAGAUAUCAACUUCCUAUAUGCGAUGGCUUUGGAUAAACUUCCCUUCCUACCCUUCGCCUAUAUCAUGGAUAAAUGGCGAUACGAAAUUUUCAGGAAAGAAAGACUAAAGGAUCAAUACAACUGCAAUUUUUGGAGACUCAGUGAGGAGUAUAUGGGAAUCAAACCACCAGUUUUGAGGUCUGAAAUGGAUUUUGAUCCAGGAUCCAAGUACCAUAUUCCAGCCAAUAUUCCAUAUCUAAGGUGA